AUGCGUUAUUUACUGAAUCACGUUUCAACGAGAGGUAAAAAAUCCAAGAUGUCUGCGCCCGUCAAAGUGCUUUGGUCUUUUUCAAAGCGAUUAGUUUUGGGGAAAUGUCAUUUUUCAACGAGAUUUGUGUCAACGUCCUCAGUAAACUGUCGGUCUUCUAGAUAUCUGCCAGAAUAUACUGACUAUGAAGUUUCCAAAGAAGACUUUAAAUAUGUUAAGAAGCUUCUGCCCUCGGAUACUGUGCCUGAGCCACCUGAAGUCAGUGGACCUACUGCAUCAGGCUGGGUGCCACAGAAAGAGAUCGACAAUAACGCCUACUGGAUAAGACGGACAAAGAACCACAUGCUUCCAGUUUAUUUACAAGAAAAGAACGGAGGUUUGGACCGUGUAACCAAGAUCGGGAAAAUAGAAGGGGACAUCUGGGCAUUCGAUAAAGACCUCCGCAAUGCAGUUGGGAAAAAAGUCAACAAGAGAAUUCUGACUCAGAUCAAUGAAGUUUCUCGCAGCAUUAAACUAAGGGGAAAUUAUGUGAAAGAAGUAGGAGAGUUCCUAGUGAGUCAAGGACUAUAACGUUAGAGAAAUGUAGGAAUACUGUGUGUGGAAACUUGUAAAUACUGUGUGAUAGAACAUAGGAAUAAUGUGUUGGAAAAUAUGAAUACAGUAUGUGAUCUGUCUGAAUCAGAAAUGUAUUAGCUGAGUGAAAGCGAUGGAUGUACAGCAUUGGAAUGGAUGUUGAAGUUGUCUGAAUGUAUCAUAACCGAGAGUACAUGUAAAGCUGACUGUGUGGAUGGUAAGGAAUGUGCUAUAUCAAAGCAAAGAAGUAUGGGUAAACUAUAAUUGUACAGUGUUUGAUGUUUGCUUUUCUAUGAAUUGCAAGGUUUAUUGUGCUUUAAUAAUAAUUAAAAAAAAAAAUCAAUCAUAGAAAUUAUGUUAUGUUUGGUAAACACAUGAACUGCAAUAUUGAAAGAUUUUGAACAUAAGUGAUUUUUGAAUGAAAAAAUUAAAAAAUGUCUGAAAGGCACUGAAUGCUCCAAUUUCUAUUCAGACUGGUAUCAUUGUUCAGCAAAUUUUAUCUGAAUAUUUGUAGUGACCUUGAAACGUGAACUCAUUCAACAAAUUCCGUCUUCUCGUGAUUAUUGUUUGAUGAA